CCGGGGGCGCAUAUUCUUGCAUUUUAGGGCGAGACACGAUCUCGCUCAUGCUGGAAAGACAAGGAACGACUAUGAAAUUAGACGAUGCCUUACUUAAAAUACGACGCGCAGAUUCAGAGGAGUUCACCAAGAAUGAGCGCCCUGAGCACUCCAUUGAAAGAAGCCUUUCUAAUCUUUCCUUGCGGGACAACGAUUUCAAGCGCCCAUUAAAUAAGUUCCAGAACUCGGAUCUUCACCACACAUAUUUUCUUCAACGCACCAAGACCUUACAAGCUGCGGGGAAGCCAGAAUAUGCCCAGGCAGCAGCCAUGCAAGCAUUCCUUCUCCUACCAGAUGCGCCCGAGGCACGAGCCAAAGUACUGUCCUUGACUCGCGAGAUAAGCCUGACAGACUUUGGUGUCGGACCGAGUGCGAACCAACUCACAACGGAAGGAGCUGGUCUCUUCAUUGAUUGGGGCCAGGACGAGGCUCCUGAGCACUGGUACCGAAAAGGGACAGGUGAAAUGAUGGAAAAGUCACUACCCUACACGGCCUUACAUGCCUUGGAAUUGGCCAUCCAUGCGCAACACCUCCCCACUACGAUACUGCAGAAAAAGGCACGUCUAUGCAUUCACCUGGCAGGGGCGUCGUCGGAAUUGGAGGGGCUGGCUGAUUUUUCUGUGAUAUUUGAGAAGCUCCCGCAUCUCGAAGAACUCGAAGUGGUGCAAGUAGGAUGGAUGGGAGUGCCAGGUCCUUGCAAACGAACCCUGCCUGACCCGCAAGCUCCACCUUCAGGAUUGAUCGUCGGCGAGACAAAAAUGCUGGGGGGCGGCUGCCGACUACGGACUAGGCGCUACAAAGGGCUGUACCAUGAUUUCCUAUCGAAGGCCUUUCGGCACCACUUUGAUGGGCAAGGCUACUUGCACGAGGCACCCGAUCUGGUGCUCAUGGCGAAUCCAAGCCUGGACGCGUACUUUGACUCCUGGGCCCCGACGUUGGCGUGUCUGCGGGACGCUGGCUAUUUCACGGUAGUCACCGGGGGCAACCUGGACCACUCUCGCGAACACCACAACCCGAUCUUGCAGGCCAUGGGGCGGUUCGGCAUCUCCUGCGACACAUAG